AUGCCUGCAAUUACUUCGGGGCGCGUACUCGUAACCGGCGCAAAUGGAUACGUCGCGGUCUGGGUGCUCAAGUACCUGCUCGAGCGGAGCUUCACCGUGCGUGGUACCAUUCGUUCGGAGAGCAAGGGCACGUACCUCCGCGAGCUCUUCAAAGCGCACGGUGACAAACUUGAACUCGUCGUCGUCCCGGAUAUCACAAAGCCAGGGGCGUUUGACGCAGCUGCGCAGGAUACCGACGCGAUACUGCACAUCGCCUCGCCAGUGAACGUCGAAGCAGACGAUCCGAACGAUGUCAUCCUACCCGCGCUCGAGGGCACCAAGAGCGUCCUCAACAGCGCCCUCAAGCACCGCGCAACCGUCAAACGCGUAGUCAUCACCUCAUCCACUGCCGCAGUCGUCAGCACCCUCCCGCCGGGGUCCGCCCCGCGUGUCCUCGACGAGAAGGACUUCAACCAGGACGCGGUCAAGGACGUGCAAGAGAACGGGCGCGCCGCCGCGGGCUGGCAAAAGUACCGCGCGAGCAAAGUGCUGGCCGAGCGCGCCGCCUGGGAUUUUUACGAGGCGGAGAAGGCGAAGGCUGGUGGAGAGUUGGGCUGGGAACUUUCUGUGGUCGCCCCGCCGUUCAUCUUUGGGCCUUUCGUGCACGAGGCGUCUAGUCUGGAGACGUUGGGCGGGACGGCGAGGGAUUGGGCCGACCAUGUCGUGAAAGGCGAUCUGUCGGGAGACAGGCUGGUCAAGAAUGGAUCCGAGUGGGUGGACGUGCGCGACCUUGCGCACGCACAGGUCCUCGUCUUGAUCACGCCUGACGCUGGAGGAGAACGGUUCAUCAUAAGGGGAGGGCCGUACGUCUGGCAGCAAUUUGUCAACGCAUCGCGCCCUCACUCUGACAAGAUCCCUGCGGGAGAGCCCGAAGCGUUCGAUCCCGCGAAGAUUGUCCAACUGGUGAGUUACAACGCGGAGAAGAGUCAGCGCAUACUCGGGAUCCGGUAUCGCACGCUUGAGGAGACGUCGAAGGAUGUCAUCGAGGACUUCAAGACGAGAGGAUGGCUGUAG